AUGUUGGAAGGCCUGGUUGCGGGCCUGCUCAACAGGUUCCUGGGCAUGUACGUCAACAACUUCGACCCCAAGCAGCUCAAGGUCGGCAUUUGGUCUGGCGAUGUCAAGCUGCGCAAUUUACAGCUCCGCAAAGAAGCUCUCGACCAGCUCAAACUACCCAUCAACGUGCUCGAAGGUCAUCUCGGCGAGCUAACCUUGAUCAUCCCUUGGUCUAACCUCAGUGGUGCGCCCGUCAAAGUCUUUAUUGAGGACGUCUUUCUGCUGGCGUCCCCGAAAGAAGAUGCGGCAUACGACGAAGACGAGGAGGAGCGGAGGAAACAGCGCAUCAAGAUGGAGAAACUCGACUCUGCCGAGCUUCUCAAGGAACGAUCACAAGAGGGCCUCAGUUCCGAGGAGCAAAAGAAGAAUCAGAGCUUCACCCAAAGCCUUGUGACAAAAAUCGUGGACAACCUGCAGGUCACGAUUAAGAACAUUCACGUCCGCUACGAGGACUCCAUCUCUACGCCUGGCCACCCCUUUGCUUUGGGUGUUACCCUUCAAGAAUUUAGUGCCGUCAGUACAAACGGCGAAUGGACACCCACCUUCAUCCAGGACUCGACGAAGUCGACCCACAAACUCGCCAAACUCGGCGCGCUUGCUGUGUACUGGAACACAGAUACAGAGCUCUACGGGUCCGGUCGUGAGAUCGAUCAAGAGGACAGGCCCACACUGACACACGAGGAGAUGGUUGCCAAGUUCAAAGGCAUGAUCGCAAAACCCGAUGAGACCAAACCUGACUACCAGUUUGUGCUACGCCCCGUCAGCGGGCAAGCCAAGAUUGUUCUCGACAAGACAGGUGACAUUCACAUACCCAAGACCAAGGCAAGUCUCUUGUUUGAGGAGAUUGGUCUUGUGCUGGAUGACGACCAGUACCGAGAUGGCCUCAUGAUGGUCGACCUUUUCCACUACUUCAUCCGGCAUCAAGAAUACAAGAAGCUACAGCCCAAAGGUGUCACGCCCAAGGAAGACCCUCGAGCGUGGUUCAAGUUUGCAGGUGACGCCAUUCUCAGCAAAAUACAUGAGCGAAACAGACGCUGGUCGUGGGAAUACUUUCGCGAGCGCCGCGACGACCGAAAACGAUAUAUCGAGCUGUUCAAGAAGCGAAAGCAGCAGCAGCAGUUCUCUGCAGAAGACUCUGCGGAUAUCGAGGCGCUCGAGCGGCGGCUCGACUACGAGGACCUGCGUUUCUGGAGGUCGUUGGGUCGGAAUCAACUCAAGAAAGAAAACGCCGCUGCUCUGAAGAGUAAGCCGGCGCAGCCCCAACAACAGGGCUGGCUUGCAUGGGCAUGGGGUUCCAAACCGGCCGAAGAGCAGCACAGCGACAUGGAAGAAAACACACAGAUCACAGAGGAGCAGAAAAGGGAGCUCUAUGACGCCAUCGAUUGGGAUGAGAAGACAGCGCUCGCCGAGUCGGUUGAUGUUCCGAGGGACAGUGUCAAGAUUCAAGUCGAGGCUUCUUUGAGUACCGGCAGUUUCACGUUGAAGAAGAACCACAACGGUAAACUCAAGGAUCUCAUCAGUCUACAUUUUGACGUCUUCAAGGCCAAGGCCCUUCAGCGCCCCGACUCUUUCCUUGCCGCCCUCAGCCUCGGCGGUCUGCGUGUCAACGAUGGCACCACGCCGAACAGUCUGUUCCCCGAGAUUGUUCGUGUCAAGGACGCACCGGAAACGCAAGAGCGCAAGGCUUUGACCAUCGAAGAGCUAGAGAGCUGCGACGACGAGCCUUUCUUCAACAUUGAGGUCGAGCAGAACCCCAUCGACCGCGAGGGUGAUAUAGCAGUCGUGGGGUCGCUCAAACCGUUGGAAAUUGUCUGGAAUCCCAACUCAGUCGUCGGCGUAGCUGACUUUUUCCGCCCCCCAGAGCGGCACAUGGAGUCCAUCAGUGCGCUCAUGGAGUCGGCUGGCGCCACUGUCGAGGGCUUCCGCGAGCAGACCCGCGCAGGAUUGGAGUUUGCGCUCGAAGAACACAAGACAAUCAACGCUCAACUCGAUCUGCAAGCACCGUUGAUCAUCGUCCCAGUCAGCAUCGCCACCAAGGAGUCCACCUGCUUGAUACUGGAUGCUGGGCACAUCAGCGUCAACAGCAAACUCGUGGACCAGGACACGAUGAAGCAGAUUCAGUCCAAACAGCGACAGCAAUACUCAAACGAGGAUUUUGAACGUCUCGAGUCUGUCAUGUAUGACAAAUUCUUGGUCAAGCUAACGUCUACACAACUGCUUAUUGGACCGUCGAUCAAGGCCACCAAGAAGCAGCUCAUUGAUCGGGACGCCUCGCAGCCGUUGCACAUUGUUGAUCAAAUCAACAUUGAUUUCGUCGUGGAAACAUCCAUUCUUCCAAAGGCGCCGAACCUGACGAAGCUCAAGGUGUCUGGCCACCUACCAGUCCUGCAGGCGACAAUGUCCGACGCAAAGUACAAGAACCUCAUGCGCGUCAUAGAUGUUGCGAUUCCCAAGUUCGGCGAUGAUAAGACAGCCCAGAACAAGUCCAAGGAACAAACGAGACCAACGUCGCGGUCGUCCAAGGCUUCCCGACCACGCCUCGCCAGCUCUGCCUCUAAUCGAUCUCGCAAGGAUGCCCGCCGCAAGUCGUCUCAAUUCCCAUUCCUACAACAGCAGACAGCCAUUGUCAUUGACGACGACGAUCUCGACGAGGAUGACAAUGACAAUUACGAGGACGCUUCGGACGGCGUUGAUAAUGAGCAGAUCACGAUGCAGCAGCGAUCGUUCGAGCUCAAGUUCAAAGUCGACACGCUCAAGGGAUCACUCUACCGCAGCGACCCCGACAGAAAGAAGCCAGAUGAAUUGCUCGUAGAGCUUGUCGCCAACGAUUUCGACCUGGAGUUCUUCUUGCGUCCCUAUGACAUGUCGGCAGAGGUGUCUCUUGGUUCUGUGACCAUGGAUGACUUUGUGGAUGACCCACCAGCCGAGUUUAAAUCGAUCAUCUCCUCGGGCGAUGUGGAAGAUCGCGAGCAGAAGCGCAGUCUCGUCAAAGUCAAGUUCACCAAGGUCAAUAGCCAGUCGCCAGAAUUUAUGCCCGUCUACGAAGGCGUCGAAACAAAUGUCACAGCAGCCAUAUCGACCAUCAACCUGAUCGUGACGAGAAAGACGCUGCUCACUUUGCUAGACUUUAUCCUCGCAACCUUUACCGGCGACAACAACGAGGCCGUGUCCAAACGGGAGCAAAAGGCAAUUGAGGCUGCCGAGAGCGACGACAACGAGGUCGAGGUGGCGGUAGACACCCCCACAGAGGACGCCCAAGCCAACACAGCAUCCAUUCGGGUCAAGGCCGAUCUCAAGAGUAUCAGGCUCAUCCUGAACAACGACGGCAUUCGGCUGGCAACUCUCUCGUUCAACCACGCUGACGUCGGCGUUUUCUUACGGGGCAAGACUAUGCGCAUGUCUGCUAAGCUGGGCGAUCUGAACCUCGUUGACGACGUCAACCAGGGAGUGCCCGACGAUUCGCCCCUCCGCCGGCUCAUUGCCAUCGAGGGCGACGAUCUGGCUGAUUUCAGAUACGAGACGUUUGACGCCGAGAACCCUAAGACCUACCCCGGCUAUGACUCCUCCAUUUUCUUACGGGCUGGUUCUUUCAAACUCAACUUCCUUGAGGAGCCGUUCCGCAAGAUCAUCGAUUUUGUCGUCAAAUUUGGCAAGAUGCAGGCCAUUUUCAAUGCGGCCCGCCAAGCUGCCGCCAACCAGGCAAAUCAGAUCCAGCAAAGCACGAGCAGGUUUAAAUACGACGUGGUCGUCAAAACGCCCAUUGUAGUCUUCCCCCGGGUGGUGCAGCUUGGUCAGCCAAAACGCGACCUCUUGACAGCCUACCUCGGCGAGAUUUAUGCGCAGAAUAAGUUUGCGCCACUUGACGACUCGGAGGACGCACAGAUUGCUACGAAAAUCUCAGCCGGCAUUCGCAAUAUCCGUCUGACAUCUGAUUUCAAUUACGAAGAUGACAAGUCUGAGGAACUGGAGCUCAUCGACCACGUCGAUCUUGGAUUCAAUGUCACGUACGCCGAACACCAGCACGGCAAGAAACGACCUGAAUUGGAGAUUCAAGGCACCAUGUCUGACUUCAACCUCAAGCUGACGCAGUAUCAGCUCAGAUUUCUGAUGGAGAUCUCCAAGUCUGUACCAGCCGCCUUUGCGAGUGACUCGGAUGCGCAGGUCGAGUCGGCCGAACAGGAUGUUGACGAAGACACCCUGAAGCGCGCCAGGUCAAUGCCAGUUGAAAAAGCGUCCGGCGACGAUGACCAGCUUGUCGACCUGAGCCCAGAGCUCAGAUCGCGCGACAAGACGUGGACCACAUUGGAUCUCGUCUUUCAGGUGCAAACUAUUGGCAUGGAACUCAUCAUGGCGCCCGAGGGUAAGCCUGUUGGCAAUAUUGAGACGGCUAGUCUCUCAAGAUUUUCGCUGGACGACACGAGAGUCAAGACGCGGAUGCUCAACGAUGGGUCUCUCGAAGGCGAGUUCCUCAUUAGUUCGUUCACAAUUCAUGACAGUCGGUCCCGCGACGCCAAUAAGUACCGUCGUAUCAUGACAUCGCUCAACAAAGAUGUCCAACAGCUGAUGGCGAGCGUCACCAUGACUGGUGGAAAGGACAAGAGUUUGAUUGCCAUGGUAACGGUGGAUAGCCCUCGCAUCAUCUUUGCGCUCGACUACCUCUUUGCCAUCCAGAAUUUUGUGACAGUCGGAUUGACGGCCGAGGAUCCCCUCGCGAUAGACGAUGAAUCGUUGCUCGACGUGCAGUCUACCGAAGAGUCGGAUGCGGAUCUUGACGCUGCAUCCUCACGAGCAGUCUCGACUAAGCAUAUAACGGCCAGCCAGCAGGUCGACACCACAGAGGCCACAGCCGGCUACGGCGACAAGGACAAGACACCAUCAGCCAUGAACGUUGCCUCGAGCUCUGAAGCUAUAGUUCUCGGCACGAAGCAGGUUCUGCUAUCUCAGCAGCAUGCCUUGACUUUCCAGAUUUCAGAGAUUGGGAUGUUCAUGUGUCGAAUGGACAAGUUCGAAGACUCGCGACUCCGCAUUCUCGACGACUUCUCGAUUCAGAUGUCCAUGGACAGCUCCAAACCAGGUCUGACGAGCAUUCACGUCGACGUAGAGCCGCUCAUCCUGCGCUUAUCUUUGCGAGAUAUUCUCUUGGCCUUACAGAUUGCUAGCAAGGCCACUGAGCUCUCCAGCAGCCAGCCCCAGAAUGACUCCAAGCCUUCGGCGGUGGACGAAAAGGCUCGACAGCUGCGGCAGGCCGGACUAAAACAACGUACAGCUAGCGGUAAGGGUCCGUCAACGCUUGCAGCGCGCACGCGUGUCACCAAGAGCGCAGGCCCCGGCGCCAAGAUUGCAGCUGCGCAAGGCAGCCAGGCGAACGAGUUUGAGAGUGAUGGAGCCCUACAAAAACCUCCCCGCCAGCGUGAAGAGCUUACAGCAACGAUCGACGGCAUUCGCAUCGUGCUCAUUGGAGACACACACGAACUGCCCAUCUUUGACUUGGGUAUCAAAUGUCUCACGGCGACAGCUGAAGACUGGUCGUCGAAUCUCAAGGCCGGCACGGCAGUCGACAUUUACAUGAACGUGUACAACUUUUCCAAGUCCUCGUGGGAGCCGCUGCUGGAGCCUUGGCAGAUGGGCGUCGGCAUUGCAAAGGAGCAAGACACGGGGCUUCUCUCCAUCGAUGUCACGUCUAAAAAGGUCUUUGAUGUAACGCUCACAACGGCUACCAUUGCUCUGGCAUCCAAGUCUUUCGCCUUCCUCAGCCAGGACGAGGAUGUCCUCGGCAAGCCCCGCGGUGUCGACGCGCCCUACCGCAUUCGUAAUUACACCGGUUUUGAAGCAGUUGUUCAGUCCAAGAGCACUGUCACCGACGAGGUCACAACAACACGCCUCGAAGAUGGCCAGCAAGUGCCUUGGAGCUUUGAACCCUGGGAGAAGAUGCGCGAGAACCUCUUGGCGGAGAGUAGUUCCAACGAUGUCACGAUCCAAUUGGAGGGCAGCGGCUUCGACCCGGUCAAGAGCGUUCGUCUCAAUCGCGAGGGCGAGUUCAUCUACGGUCUGCGUCCUAAGACGGACACUGUUCUGCACAGACUACUCGUUGAGGUCAGCCUUGGUCAAGACAAUGUCAAAUACGUCACGCUUCGUUCGCCUCUGGUCGUUGAAAACGAUACGCAGAUCCCGGUCGAGUUGGGAGUCUACGAUGCGGAGGAGGGUCACCUGCUGAAAAUUGAAAAGAUCUCCCCCGGCGAGUCGCGCCCCGCCCCGGUCGGUGCCGUCUUUCUCAAAUCGUUGCUCAUCAGGCCUGACUCAGGGUUUGGCUACGCGUGGUCGUCAGAGACGCUUUGGUGGCGCGAUCUGCUCAAGCGACCCACUAGGACCAUGGUGUGCAAGGGUGAGAACGGGGACCCAUUCUACUUCCAAGUCAACGCGACCUUUGAUAAGGCCAAUCCUUUAACCAGGAAUUACCCGUAUAUGCGGCUCAAGAUUUCGCCGCCUAUCGUCCUCGAAAAUCUGCUCCCUCACGACUUCAAGUACCGCAUCUAUGACAAGGAUACGAAGAAAGACUGGACCAACUUCUUGCGUAAGGGCGGUCUCAGUCCUGUACACGUUGUUGAGCUUUCACACCUGCUCCUCCUGAGCAUCGACAUGCAAGAUACCGUGUUCAAGCCCAGUGAUUUUGCCGUGGUGAACCCAGGCCAUUCAGACGAGUUCAAGAAGGAAAAAAAGCUCAUAUGCAAGGACCAAGAUGGUCUGCAGCUGACGCUUCAGCUGCAUUACUUUAAGAUCCCCGAUAGCGGUGGCGCGUUCCGCGUGACUGUCUACAGUCCCUACGUCAUCCUCAACAAGACUGGUCUCGACCUUAGCAUCCGAGCAAAGAGCUUCAUGCAGAGCGCCAAGGCCGCAGCGGGUCAGUCGCUGCUCACACAAGGGCUGGAAGCAGGCCAAGAACGUCCCAAGGCCACGCCUUUCAUGUUCUCAUAUGGCAAUGAUGAUAACCGCAACCGCACGCUCCUCAAAAUUGCCGACUCGGAUUGGAGCAAGCCACAAUCUUUCGAUGCCAUCGGCAGCACCAAUGAAGUUGUUUUGCCGUCCACGAAGAAGAACAGUGAAAUUCACGUUGGUAUCACGAUCGAGUCUGGCGAAGGCAAGUACAAGAUGACCAAGGUCGUAACUCUGGCGCCGCGGUUUGUCCUCGCCAACAAGCUUGACGAAGAGAUUAAUGUCCGCGAGUCGAGCGCUUCCGGCUUCAUGACGCUCAAGCCUGGCGCCCUACAACCCAUCCACUUCAUGCAGAAGACGGCAGUGAAGCAGCUAUCGCUUUGCCAUGCCGGCAUGAAUAACGACUGGACCUCGCCGUUCAACAUCUCCGACAUAGGCACGACACACAUAAAAAUUGCCAAACACGGUCAGCGUCAGAGGCUCAUCCGUGCCGAAAUCCUCAUGGAAGCCGCUACUGUGUUCGUGCACCUCAGUAUGGAGACAAAGAACUGGCCUUUCUCCAUGCGCAAUGAGAGCGAUACCGAGUUCACCUUUUACCAGGCCAACCCGAAUGUCGACGAGGAUGGAGUCGAGGAUCGAUCUGGCUGGAAGCCCAUCCGUUACAGACUGCCUCCACGCAGCAUCAUGCCCUACGCAUGGGAUUAUCCCGCGGGCAAGUUCCGCGAGAUUGUUCUGAACACACAGGGCAAGGAGCGCCAUGUCAAACUGGCCGAGAUCGGCAAUCAGAUUCCAAUGAAGGCUGUCACUGCCUCUCGCCAGCAAAAGAUCAUCGACAUCAACGUAGCCGCCGAUGGCCCGACGCAGACCCUGAUCCUCUCGAAUUAUCGGCCGUCCAAGAGUCUCUACCGCCAGAAGUCCAGGUCGGGCUCCCGCACAAACAAUGCCGAGGGCUUCGAGGUCAAAAGCCAGGAGACAGGCGCUACGUUCCGCGCCCAGCUCAAGCUGUCUGGCAUUGGCAUAUCGUUGAUCAACUCACAGCUGCGAGAGCUUGCAUACAUCACAUUCCGCGACGUGCAACUGAGGUAUCAAGAAUCGCAGUUAUAUCAAACUGUGAGCCUGGCGGUCAAGUGGAUACAGAUUGACAAUCAACUGUACGGGGGUCUGUUCCCAAUGAUUCUGUAUCCCAGCGUCGUGCCCAAGAAGGCACAAGAGGUCGAUGCGCACCCCUCACUGCAUGCCAUGGUCACCCGAGUCAAGGACGACUCCUACGGCGUCCUUUACAUCAAGUACGCCACGCUGCUUUUGCAGCAAAUGACGAUCGAGCUUGACGAGGACUUUGUCUACGCCGUGCUCGACUUUUCCAACAUUCCUGGCGCCGCAUGGUCGAAUAGUCCUGAUCAAGGCAAGCUCUGCGAUGAAGAAUUAGACAUCCCGGAGCCGAAACAGCAGCAAUCAGGACAGGACAUAUAUUUCGAGCUACUCAACAUCCAACCCAUGCAGCUGGAUCUCUCGUUCAUGCGCACCGAGCGCGUCAACGCUGAAGACAAGACAUCGUCCCGCAACCCACUCAUGUUCUUCCUCAAUGUCAUGACCAUGGCCAUUGGCAACGUCAAUGAUGCCCCUAUCCGGCUCAACGCAUUGAUGCUCGACAACGUGCGGGUCUCUGUGCCGGCACUGACCCAAAACAUCUCCAAUCACUACAGUCAAGAAGUGCUCUAUCAGGUUCACAAGAUUCUCGGCUCGGCAGACUUCCUCGGCAACCCUGUCGGCUUGUUCAACAACAUCAGCUCGGGUCUCACCGAUGUGUUUUACGAACCAUAUCAAGGCCUGAUCCUCUCUGACAAACCAGAGGACUUUGCGCUCGGCGUAGGCAAGGGAGCAGCAUCGUUCGUGAAGAAGUCGGUCUAUGGCUUUACGGAUUCCUUUUCAAAGUUUACGGGCAGUCUGUCCAAGGGCCUCGCCGCGGCCACGCUUGAUAAGCAGUUUCAGGACCGUCGUCGCAUCACGAGGGCGCGAAACCGACCCAAACACGCUCUCUAUGGCGUCACGGCGGGCGCAAAUUCCUUCUUCACCAGCGCCGCAUCUGGCGUCGGAGGCCUUGUCCGCAAGCCACUCGAGGGAGCUGAGCAGGAGGGAGCAAUGGGUUUCUUCAAGGGCAUCGGUAAAGGUGUCGUUGGCUUCGCCACCAAGCCUGCCAUUGGCGUGCUUGACAUGGCUUCGAAUGUUUCCGAGGGAAUCCGCAACACAACCACCGUCUUUGAUGGCUCCGAGCUUGAACGUGUGCGAUACGCGCGCUUCAUUUCAGCCGACGGCAUUGUGCGGCCCUACAAUGGGCGCGAGUCCAUGGGGCAAAACUGGCUCAAGCAGGUCGACAAUGGGAAAUAUUUCAACGAGCAGUACAUUGCUCACCUGGAGCUGCCUCGAGAAGACAUGGUGGUCAUGGUCACCUACUCGCGCAUUCUGCUCAUUCGCAGCCGGCGGCUGACAUCUGAAUGGGACGUGCCGCUGAAGGACGUCCAGACCAUUGCAAAGGAGCGCACGGGUUUGAGUUUGACGCUGAGGGGCGGCACCAAUGGCCCGUUCCUGCCAGUAGGCGAUGAAAGCGGACGAGCCUUCCUGUACAAGAUGGUCGCCGUGGCGGUGGAGGAGUUCAACCGAAGAUUCAGGGGUUUGGAGUGA